AUGAAACCUCUCAGAUCAUGUCUUCCGCACUGGACACUAUCAAAGCCCGUCCCCGAGGACGAAAGACAAAUGAUGAAAACUGAUCAUAUUCAAAUUCAAACUCCCCCCCCCAAAUCAGUUGAGGACUACAGACUCGGCUACCCCCGCUUCACGGCCCUCAUUUCAGCCCAUGACCCGUUCUUGGUGUGCCGGCAAUUCAAGAAGCUUCGAGCUCGACUCCUUCUGCUGAAGCAGGAUAAGCUGUCUGCGCUUGAGCAAAGGCUUGAGCAGAUCGACCGAGACGAGACUUGCCCUCUAUUUCUGGGAAAAGGACGCAGUGAUGGCAACCAAGACCGAGAAUCCAUCCUCUCUGAGAUCGAACUCUGUCUCAAAGAUUACGACCAAUUUGCCGAAAGAACGAACCGGAUGCUAGGCCUUGCCCCUGCCAAUGAACGAGACGUAGAGAGUCUGCAAAAUUGGGUAGAUGGGAUGGGCUGUAUUGCCAGAGCGGAAACCGCAUAUCUCUCGCAUGGCGAGGAACUUGUUUGCUUAGCGCCGGCCGGUGAUCAGGCGCUGCUACAGCUUGAGACUUGGGUAGAGGACAAGCUCAUCCAAUACUACCCAAGAUUUCGAAGAAGUCGUUUUCACAAUGUCUCGAUUGACCCACACGUCAUCAUCUAUUCCGGGCCCUGGAUAAAACGAAUGGCCAAGGCACUGUUGCUGUUCCUAAUAACGCUUCUCUUGCUGAUGCCCGUCGUCAUUUGCAACCUCAUUGAUACGAUUUCGAUUCGCCUCGUCGUUGUCAUGGCAUGCACAAUCUCCUACCUUCUCGUCCUUUUUGCGCUGACCAGGUCGAGGACGAUGGAUUUAGUUCUCGCUGGGGCAACGUACGCCACGGUUCUCAUCGUGUUUGUUUCUGGAACCAGUGGAAUUCAGGAUUAG